AUGCAGGCUUCAACAUGGGCUUCUCAGCCCAAGUUUGAUCGAUGCUGCAGUCUUUGGGAGAAAAGCGAUAUCAGAGAAUCUCAUGAAAAGACGACGAUCAUCUCGUUUCUCCUGCAGAAACCAUUGUCAGAUGUUGAGAGCUACUACCAGAAGAAACAACAAUCUGCGCCAAUCAUUGGCAACGAGAUCGUUCUCGUUGCCCCCCAAGCACCGACUAUCAUUAACCAAGGACAAUGGUCACAAGCUGAAAACGCGCUGCUACUGGAGGGAAUGAAGAAAUGCCCAAAGAAGAAUGGUCGAAUCGACUGGGCUGGAAUUGCUUCAGGUUUUGUGAAAUCGAGGACUGCAAGGCAAGCAAAAGACCGUGGGCGUUCCUAUAUUGAGAAGCAAAAAAAGAAUCCUUAA